AAUACAAACAAAAUACAAUCACGCCUGGCUGCUGUUAUUCUUAUUUUUAUGUUAAACUGUGUCUUUAUCCUUGCAGAUAUACUAUUUUCGUGUUAUGCUCAUAAGAAAAUAAUGAACUUGGACUCACUGCCUGUUAUACUUACUUGCUGCACAGUCCUAAGAGAUGUGUUAAAGGGUCCUACCUGCUGUCAUCACCAAAGAUGUCAAUUUCAACAGAAGACUUACCAGAAGUACACUGGGAGGAGAACUCUGAUAAAGAUGUUGACACAACUCCAGAGUCCUCGGUGGGGCAUACUGAUAACAAAUUGGCUUCUGAAGACUCUCCACUGCCUCCUUGCCCAGACUGCGGACGGACAUUCCAAACCCUACGUGCACAUAAUCUCCACCGCAGAAACCACGCAGCAGACCUCUCCUACACCUGCAAGGAUUGUGAUGCUGCCCGCGCUGGAGCCACUGGUGGCAGUGAUAAGCCCUACUCCUGUUCUGACUGUGGACGCAGAUUCUGCUGGUUGCUGGCCCUCCAUAGUCAUCACGAACAGCAACACACAGGGCACUGUGGCUAUCAGUGCUCUCAGUGUGGUAAGCAGCUAGCCAGCCAACCAGCUUUCCGGAGACACCAGCAAGCUCACCGCAAGGACCGUAUUUGUGUAUGGUGCGGGAAAGCCUUCAACUGCUCAGCCAAACUGUCCCGACAUAUGAGAAUUCACACCGGAGAAAGACCCUACCAAUGCACAAAAUGCCCACAAGCCUUUACGCAAUUAGAGACACUGCGGGUACAUCAGUGGGUUCAUGAAGACCCCAAGCCUUACCAGUGUCAGGAAUGUGGUCGGAGAUUCCGAGCCCAGCGCACAUUUGAACAGCACAGAAACCUUCACAUUUCACGUAAACCUCAUGCUUGCCCGAUCUGUGGCAAGACUUUCUUUUUUUCAUCCCGUUAUAAGCGCCACCUACGUAUCCAUACUGGUGAGAGACCCUUUCAAUGCCAGCAGUGUGGCAAGAGCUUUAACCAGCGUUCUAACUACCAGCGUCACCGGCAGAUCCAUGCUGGAAAAAGGCCAUUCCCUUGCAGCCUGUGUGAAAAAAGCUUCAGCCAAGCCUCUAAUUACCGGAGGCACCUACAGACGCACCGGAAAGACCGAGGCUCAUGGAAACAGGAAGAAGAGGAUGUAGACUACACAUGUAUAGAAUGUGGGGUACACUUUGCACAGGAAGGUGGGCUCCAUGAACAUUACAUCCAGCAUGCCAGAGGAGAGCUGUGACUCUAAAUCGAGGUCAUGAUCUGCACAAAGAACAAGAGGGAAGGUUGUUCUACAGUACAAUGUUAGGACUCAAGAUAUUUUGAGAAGAUGAGUAAUGCUGCUAUACAUAGGACAACAAUAUUUCACCUUUUAUUUUGGGCACUUUAGAAAAUGCAAAACUGCAGGGCGUCAUUAUUU